CACCGGGCACAGGGGGCGACGUCAUGCUGGCGGGUGAGCGCAUCGAGGAGGUGUUGGGGGCAGUGGGCUGUGGCAGAAGAUCGCUGCCUUUUUUUGUGGUUCUUGGAUUAGCCAAUAUAGUUCAAAUUCAGCUCAUCAUUGCUUCCCUGCUUAGCAUCACUCUUCCAUUCCGAUGCCACACCUCCGCCUCACUGCAGUUGGAGGACGUCGUCUACCUUGUGCCUGACAGUGUCUCAUCUGAUAUCGAAGUGGAUGCCUUCUUCUCCUCCGAUGGCAUCAAAAAGAUGGCCCCGCAAGAUUUCUUUGACAGCAAGUGCUUGGAACCCUCUACCCCGUUUUCUCAAUCUGAAAAUUCUUCAAGCUCUCCAUCUCAGGCUCCGCCUUGGUUCCACGCCACCGGUAUGGCAACGUGUCCCUACAUUCAAUACGAUGACUCCGAGUACAUAUCAACAAUCGUCUCCCAGUUUCACUUGGUUUGUGAGAGAGCAACACUACGCCCACUUUUUCAUAUGAUGGCCACGAUUGGAGUCAUAAUCAGCGGAUUCGUUGCAGCCCCUCUAGGAGACUACUUUGGGAGACUGAUGACGACUCGCGCCGCAGCGAUGAUUGCUAUCCCGCUGCAUGUGGUGUGCGCAUUCAUCCCAUGGUACCCCGUGUUGCUAGUGCUCCGGAUACUGCUGGCUAUCUGCAACCGGGCCAUUUUACUUUCUGCUAUGAGUCUUGUCAUGGAGAGUAUCCCCGUACGAAAUCGAACUAUCGUCGGAAUAUUCAUGGGGAUCCCGUACUCUCUGAUGGUUGUGGGGUUGUCAGCGGCCGGAUACUUCCUGAGGGAGUGGCGUUUUGUCUUCCUCACUAGCGGUCUGGCUACCUACCUUAUGUUACCACUCUCUUUCAUAGUGGAAGAAUCACCACGCUGGCUGGCACAGAACGGUAAAGGGUCCAAAGCUGCAGAACAGUUAAUGAGAGCGGCUUAUGAGAACAAGGUGGUCCUUCCUCCGCAUCUGAUUGCGAGUCUAGAUAAACUAAAGAUUAUGGAUCAUGAGAAGGAAGACAAAUCAGCAGCCAGCAGCAAGCAAAAGAUCCUCCAGUAUCCUAUCGCCAUAGCGGUGGUGACAAGGAUUUCCCUGUUGUGGUUUUUAAUGGCUUUGAUGUAUUUUUGCGUCAUUCUGAAUUCCAAUUACUUUAGCAGUGCCAGGGCUGAGUUGUACGUUGGCCUGGUAGGCGUUAUGGAAGCAGUGGCGUUGUUUCUCGUGAUGCCCGUGACGCAGAGGAUAGGACGCCGGCUGGUGUUGGGUGGUGGACCUUUCAUAUGCUGCCUCCUGCUUUUGGCUAACCUGUUUUUACCUGAAGAUCAAGUGUGGUUGCAAUGGCUCGUGGCGAUGAGUGCAGUGUUUGUUAUCACCGCUGCUUACCAGGUCUUGUAUCUUUAUGUCAGUGAAAUCUUUCCAACGAUGAUACGCUCACGAGGAAUCGGCUUUGCAUGCAGCGUGGGGACUUUCGGCUCCACGCUGGCGCCCUUGGUGAUCGAUCCCCUAGUACAGGCGUUGUGGUGGGGACCAGCAAUGGUUAUGGUGAUUUCAGGAACCAGCAUUGCUGUCCUAAUGUUCUUUAUGCCAGAGACUAACAACGUCACAUUGCCUGACACCCUGCAAGAUUUGAAAGACCUGAUGAAUAAAAAGGAAACACGUGUGGCAAAUACAUGUAAUCAAGUCUAAUCUUCUCAAAUGUACUUUUUUGUGCAUCCUCUUCCAACACAAACUCCUGUUAAACUUUUGAAUAUUUCCUUUGUUGUGUUUUCUCUUUUUUCCCUUUGUUGAUAUCUAUAAUCUUUUGAUAUAUAUAUAUAUAUAUAUAUAUAUAUAUAUAUAUAUAUAUAUAUAUAUAUAUAUAUAUAUAUAUAUAUAUCAUGUUAUGCUCAUCGUGGAGGAAGCGUACCUGACGUAGGUAUGAAGCAGAUGACUUGGUUAAUUUAAAUCAUAUGCAUGUGCUUAAGUCACCCAUCUUCUAUUAUCUGAUUUAACAAAUACGAGAAAAACAAAGAAACAUAUGAUAAAGUAAGAUUUUUAUAUAUGAAUGAGCAUAUAGGAAAGAAGUUCUAUUCACUACAAUAUAACCAUGUAUAUGAAUAGCUGAAUAACUGAAUGAACAGCUUGCGUAGAUCUGGCAGCAGGAAACCAUCUUAUUAUACAUUAUAACAGUGGCCAAAUGUAAGACAAACUUGUAUCGAUGGCAUAAUAAAUUCGUCAAUCGAU